AUGGGAGAAUAUAACUGCUCUCAAUGCAAUAAAUCUUUCCGUUCGGAGAGAGCCUUGAAAUUUCAUGCAGAAAAUCAUGCUGAUGAAAAAUCGGACAGAGAAUGGGCCUCUCGGCGAGAAAGAUCGAGAAGCAGAAUCAGAGAAUUGAGCGCCUCGAGAGACUCCUUAGAAAAAGAUGCUUAUCAAGCAGGAGAAAGGGGUGGAAGAACUGCGCGUCGAGAUCUGGGGCUUGGUGCUGGACUUAGCAAAAAUCUCGCAAGCUUGGAUCAGAAGACAAAAACCUGUGGAGAGCCUGGUUGUGGGAGAACCUUCUCCACAAAAGUAAUGCUCGACUUUCACAUGGACAGGGAGCAUAAUAAGAAGCAAGACGGAGCGCUCGAAACUGAUCGGCAUAAAUUGUCAGCUUCAUAUGAUAGAAAACACAGUCUUCCUCCAUCUGACAAAGCAGAGCCAAGUGAAAAAUGCAACAAGUGCGGAAAAAUGUUCAAAUCUGCGCGUGCUUUGAGAACUCACUUGGAUAUUUUUCAUGGAAAUGAUGCCGGGGAUGAGGAUGAUUUCAAAUGCUCGAUUUGUAACAAAACUUAUUCUUCGCAAAGAUCACUCAAUGCGCAUAUGUCUUCUCAUGGCAGAGACGCUGAUCAAAGCAACGCACCUUCCGGGUACUCAUCAACACGGGGAUCAAGAUGGUCCAGCUUUCAAGCAAAAGAUGCAGAAACCGAGAACGACCGAGUCUACAACGUCAAAAUGCCAACUUUUAUCAACGAUCGUUUGAAAAAAGAAAACGAGACGGAAAAGAAAUCACUUCUCGACAAGGCACCAUAUGUGGUCAAUACUGACAUUAAAAGUAUCUUCUGCAAGUAUUGCAAUGAAGCUUUCUACACAGAAAGAGCAGUAGAAAUGCAUAUAACAUUGGCGCACGAUGGAGAUGUUGAUCGAGCGAAGAGAAGAAAAGCGAGAAAAUUUGAAGAAGCAGAAAAAAUGGAGAUCGCUGAGGAAGAAGAAGAUCUUGUCAAUACUUUCAAGUGCGACGAGUACCCUUGUAAAAGGAAAUUCCCCACCUGGCACGGCCUGAAAAUCCAUCUCAAAUCUUCUCAUAAAUACACGACUGCAGAUUUUGCUCUCAAUUGCGACACUUGCGGUAGAAAGUUCACGACAAAGAACUCUCUCGAAAAUCACAUCGAAAAUACGCACUAUUUGAAGUGCCAGGAGUGCGACGAAAAAUUCCAGGAGAAUCAUCAGCUCGAAGCCCAUAUUAGAAGACGCCAUAACAAGCAGGUCAAUAAAUGUGACCAGUGCGGUCGGGAGUUUAGAAGCGCUGAAACUCUAAGACUCCAUAUGGAAAUUCAUAAGAAGCCGGAGUUCGACUGUCUGAAAUGCAAACGACAGUUUAUGACAAAAGGGGAACUGGACUUCCAUAUCAUGGAGCACGAAAACGACGAAAAGAUGAAGAAACUGAAAGAAGAACAAGAAGCUGCGGCGAACUCGAAAAAGUGGUUUUGCGAUAAUCCCAAGUGCAACAAAAGCUUUCUGACCGAGAAGUCAUUUAAAAUGCACAUGGACAUGCAUGCUGCGGAAGAAGAUGUGAGGAAAGAAUGUCCGAAGUGCCAUAAAACAUUUAUGACGGAGAAGAGCUUGAACUUUCACAUCGAGAACUUUCACCCAGACGUUGACUUGGAUCAAGUUGAACUCGAUAGAUCCAAAGGCGUGAACUCCUACGAGCAAGAAUACAAAAAAGAUGGCUGGAAAUGCGACGAAUGCCACCGCUUCUUCGAUUCCAAGCAGAUCUACGAGUACCAUAUGCAACGUCACGCAAACACCUUCAAAUGCACCGAAUGCAAGGCAAAAUUCAAGACAAAGCAAGGGCUCGAAAUGCACGUAGAAGAAGAACACAGACGUAAAUCUGUCGAGCUUCAUAUGUGCAAGAUCUGCUCAAAGGAGUUCGAAAGCGCGGCGAUGUUGAAGUUCCAUGAAACAACUGCUCAUGAAAGUCAACACGAUUUUGAAUGUGAAAAGUGCGGAAAAAUUUUGUCAAGUGAAAGUGGCUUAGAAAUGCACAUGGAAACGCAUGAAUUUCUUGAAUCGAUGGAAAUCAAAUGCCCGGAAUGUGGCAAGAAGUUCUCAACUGAACGUAAUCUGGAGCUUCAUAUGGAGUCUUAUCAUCGAGAAGAAGUCAUUAUAAAGUGUCUGUAUUGCGAUCGUCAAUUUGACUCUGAUGCUACGAUCGGAAUUCAUAUGAAACACAACCACCCUGCGGAAUAUAAACAGCAACAGCGAAUGCGACAGCAGGAAAACAUCAACUCAGCUCCGGUUAAACAGCGGCUCAAGUGUCCAUAUGAAGACUGCGACGCAACCUUCAAAUCUGAAAAUACGCUUAAUCUACAUGUCAACAAUGCGCAUGGCUUUGAAGACAUGGAAGAGUUCAGCGCGAGAAUGAAUGCAAUGACGAAGAAUCGAAUUCAAGAAACACUCGAGGAUUUUGAUCUCGAUAUGCCAAAACCAACUCGUCGAGCAGCUCCAGAACCAGAGCCUGAACCAGAACCAAGGAAAUACAGAUGCGAAGAAUGCGGAAGCAACUUUAGCUCUGAGCGCACUUAUAAGCAGCAUAUGGAAUAUAUUCAUCCAAAGGAGGAAACGAAACCAGAACCAGCCUGGAAAUGCGAGGAGUGCGGAAAGACCUUUAGAAUCGAAGCGGGCUACAAUCUUCACAUGUCAAAUCAUAAGCAAGAGAAAGAACAGUCAAGCUACAGCUGCGAGCAUUGUGAAAUGACAUUCGAUUCUGAUCGCCAGCUCUCUCGUCACAGCAGAGCUUGCGCCGCCAAGGAUAGAAAAGAUGCCCAAGAAGAAGCUCAGCGAAUCAGAUCGCGCUAUGAGACAGCAAGAGAGCCAGAAGAAGAACCUGAGCCAGUUCAAACUCGCAAGUCUUCACGGUACACGAUUCCGGACGAUUCUCCCGAGCCAAUUAGGAAGAGUUCAGUUGCACCAACCAUUACAGACGAUGAUGAAGACGAUUAUCGACCAGCUUCGCCCCAAUUUGCAUGUGACCUCUGCAAGCAAAAAUUCUUGUCAGAAAUGAUGGUCAAGUACCACGACUGCCCGGAGAAAAAAGAUGAGCCCGACGAAUUCAAAUGCGACAAAUGUGGUAAAACAUACUGGUCGGAAAAGAUGCUCAAGAUUCAUGCUCGCACGCACAUUAGCUUCGAUGAUGACGUCGACGGUGUUGAUGAGGGCAUUUUGAACAUGAAGAUUGAAAUGCCUGCUAUCAAGAAAUCAAUCAGCACGGCUAAUGACGACGAAGAUGAGCUCACAUGUGAUCAAUGCGAUCAAACCUUCUCAUCUUCAAUUCUCCUGCGAAUCCACAAGAGAGCGCACGAACGCGAGCACCUCUACGACGACGGUGAACUUUUGUCCGCGAAAAAACUUGACGAUAAUGACGACGAUGAGGCAGGAGCUCCUAAGACUUCUGUUCAAGAACUUUUGUAA